AGACGACGAAAAUCGGGAUCACGACGAGCCGCUGGCCGCAGCACAGGUCGUACGGUGAGCGCAGGCUGGUUCAGACAACGAAAAAGGGUCCUCCGGUCUCGUCCACGCUCUCACGGAAGCAGCUCGCCGAGAUAUAAAUACACUGUGAGUGCAAUAUUAUAUAAAUAACUAGCCUGCCUGGCCUGGCCUUGCGUAGCGACGACAAGCCUUAGCCCAACCUGGUAGAUCAACGUAUUUUCAGCUCCCCAGCCUGGCGUAUCAGGCUCAGCCAAAGAGGCUAUGACGAUCGCCCUGGUGGCGCCGUAAACGACAGCAUCUCGUCGCCGCUGCGCUGGCUGAAGUUGGUCGCCUGUCGAGUGGCUGAGCCGCUGCUGUUUCGUGUGGGCGUCUCACCCACGGCUCGAGGCUCUGUCAAACGAAACACCAUCCCAGUUGAUCCUUGCUAGUAGUUAGCGAGCAUCGAGCUUCUUCUCGUGACCGUCCUCGAGCUCUCGCCGCUGUCUCCCCGUUGCCAUCGUCGCUGUCGUUGUUGCUUGCAGGCUGAAGUCUGGGAGAAAAGGAAAAAAAUCUUCCUUGCGGCGGCCAAAACCUGAACGAAGCCCAAUCGGGUAAUUCCCACAACUUCAAGAUCCUCCAACACAACAAACAUCGACACUUCGCUCUUCUUCCUCUUCCUCCUCCGCGCAACAACGAACCCGACGCCGCCAGCUCUGCAUCUUCGCUUUUCGCCUGACAGAUAGACAAGACAGACAGUCGACCAACCUUCUGCGCUCCUCUCUAGCCGACCGAACGACUGACCAAAUCCCUCCUCCUUUUCCGCCCACCGCCCGUAGCUACAAUAAGCUUGCUCUCUAGCUCUCCUCCAUCAUGUCAGGAGAAGCAUGGCUAUACCUGCUGGCGGUCCUGAUCAAUGCGGUCAACCUCUUUCUACAGGUCUUCUUCACAAUCAUGUACAGUGAUCUAGAAUGGUGAGAACCCCUUCAGCCUUUUUGUAUUAGAAAUAAUCUUGCAUGGCCUCCCUUGCAAAGGACCUGCUACUACAGCUGCUUUGUUUGAGAACAUGCGCUGACCGUAUCCUGCUUUACAAUAGUGACUAUAUCAACCCGAUUGACCUCUGCAACCGCUUAAACUCCUAUAUUAUCCCUGAAGCUGCUGUCCAUGCCUUUAUAACCUUCCUGUUUGUUAUUAAUGGCUACUGGCUUACAAUCGCACUUAACCUGCCCCUUCUCGCAUAUAAUGCAAAGAAAAUAUUCGAAAACCAACAUCUCCUCGAUGCCACAGAAAUUUUCCGAAAGUUGAAUGUCCAUAAGAAGGAGUCCUUUAUCAAGCUCGGUUUCCACCUCGUCAUGUUCUUUUUCUACCUCUACAGCAUGAUCGUUGCUCUGAUCCGAGACGAAACCCAUUGACUACGUGAUAGGACGGCUCACGCCAUGCAAAACGGUCGACCGCUGCAUUAAAAAAGCUACUACGCUACUACUUCAAGUACUCAGCAACACAUAUGCAUAUUGCCAGGGAUAGCAAUGAUGGAGUCAUGACAAAAGGUGGUUUUAUUGGCUGGCUCUCUCUCUUUUUUUGUUUUCAUAUACAUCCCACAAAAUAAAAAUGGGAUGCGAAGCGCCUCUGUAUACCUCCUCUCUUUUGUCUCUUCUAUUAUGAUAAUGGCCCCUUCCCAAAGUCCUGAUACGGAUAGACUUGGUGGAGAUGAGAAAUGCGAGCAUAAUUCUCGAUCCUCUGAUAAUUCGUUCAUCCUUCCCCACAUUUUAUUACAUCUGGGAUCUUGAAUGUUGCCAAUCCCCUUCGCUGACUAUAUUGCAAACCUUUCACAUGUAAUGCUUUCUCUAACCGGACCCGUGGGUCGAACAGUUUGCGUUGUCAACAUAAUAAAAUAAAGAUA